AUGUCUAAGGUUAUGCGAAGUGUCAAGAACGUGACCAAGGGUUACUCCAGUGUCCAGGUCAAGGUCAGAGAAGCAACCAGUAAUGAUCCAUGGGGCCCUACCGGAACUCAGAUGAGCGAGAUUGCUCAGCUCACGUACAACACAUCUACCGAGUUCUAUGAAAUCAUGGACAUGCUCGACAAGCGCUUGAACGACAAGGGAAAAAACUGGAGGCACGUUUUGAAAGCCCUCAAGGUGCUCGACUACUGUCUGCACGAGGGCUCCGAGCUUGUCGUGACGUGGGCGAGACAGAGCAUCUACAUCAUCAAGACAUUGCGCGAGUUCCAGUAUAUCGAUGAAGAUGGCAGAGAUGUCGGUCAAAACGAGUGGCCAGUACGUGUUGCCGCCAAGGAACUUACGUCACUCAUCCUGGACGAAGAGAGGCUUCGAGCCGAAAGAAGCGAUCGCAAGUCAUGGAAGUCCCGCGUCACCGGGCUAGAAGAAUUCGCUCCUCAGCACACCAGCCCUACUCAGCCGAGGGUCCGCCGCCGUAUGAGCAACGAGGACGAUACCGAAUACAGACUCGCCAUUGAGGCUAGCAAGCAUCAAGAGGAAGAGGACCGCCGAAAACGAGCCGGCCGCGGCGCCAACGAAACCGAGGACGAUGACCUAGCUAAGGCGAUCAAACUCAGCAAAGAGGAGGACGAACGGCGCAGGCGAGAGAUGGAAGACAACAACGCCUCGCUCCUCUUCGAUGACACCCCUGUUCAGUCAACGCAACCCCAGUACACUGGAUUUAACCAAGGCUACCAGCAAGGAAGCGCUGUAGACUUCUUCGCCAAUCCUAUCGACCAGAACCAACUUCAGACGCAACCCACCGGUUACAUGAAUAAUGCCUACACCGGAUACCAACAGCCGCAAGCGACAGGAUUCCAGAAUGGCUACGGCGGCAACGGGUUCGGCAUGGGGAUGGACCCUUACGGACAACAACAGGGCAUGCAAGGCUUCCAGCCGCAGCCAACGGGCUACAAUCCUUACGCUCAGCAGAAUGUUACCCCUCAGGAGACAGCCUCGCAGCCAGGAAGCAAUAACCCGUGGUCGACUGGUUCGAUGAAGGCGGGCAACCCGAUGAAACCAAUGCAGACGGGUUCCAACAACCCAUUCGCGUCCUCAUUCGGCCGUCCUCAGACGCAAUCUUCUAUGCCCCCCUUGCCAGAACAGAAGACACUCUCGGCUUUCAGCCAGCCCAACUUCGCCCAGCAGCAGCAGCAGCAGCAGCAGCAGCAGCCGCUGCCUCAGCAACCUCAACUGACAGCGCAGCCGUCUUUUGGAACUCCACAGAAGGAGCUUACAGACCACGAAGCCAAGCUGAACGCCUUGCUUGCUGGGGGAGACGGUAUGGACACAUACGGCAACACCGGCCAGACACGUAUUCCCGCGCAGCACACUGCACCUGGGACCUUUGUCAACAGCGCCGGCUCUGGUGCUCAGCGACUCACUGCAGAGGCAACUGGAAGCAACCCCUUCCUCCGAUCACAAUUCACAGGCAUGCCCAGCAUGUCAUAUGGGCAGCAAAUGCCGGCUGCUACAGGUCCCGCAGGUAUCAACGGCAGUAACAAUCCAUUUGCGGUCGGAAGACCACAGCAGCAAAACACUCAGCCGCAGGAUCUCAUUCAGUUUUAGGUCGCCGUGUCACGGGUGAUAUACUGCGAAGGCUGAUGCAGGUGCUUCAUCAUCGACACUGUCCAAGCUAGCGAUUGUUUGCAAUAAGGUUCAAAAGGAUUCUUUGAUUGUUUUAUUUUUAGAGUCUGGGGGAUGCGGAGGUUUUUACUUGCGGUGCGGUCACAUACCCGUCAGAGGACUCAACUUGUUCCUGUUCAUAGUUGGCCGGCGGUUUGCUUCGAUUUACAUUUACACAGCUUGUCUAUAGCGCUCUUCAAUGAGCCAAUUAUGAUCUUUGAAAUCUUGCCACAGCAUAUACCACAAGCCCAUACACUAUCACUCGUCAACGCUUUCAGUGAUGAUUAACGGAGGGGUUUAAUGUCGUCUCAUGACCGUUGCGUGCAGUACCGUGCUUCCCUUGCAAGAUGAUCACGAUUAGCACUUACACCCAGUAACCAUCUUGGCCAAAACUUCUACUUAAUCUUUCGAUUCUACUGAAGGGUUACGG